UAACACUUUUUAUAAAUAAGAGAACAAAUAUACAAUACAAUUAAGCAAUUUUUUUUCAUGCUAUAUAAAGGACCACCAUAUACGAGUAAAUCAUAUAAUACCAAACAAUAUCAACAAUUUACAAUGACCAUGCUUAGCUAUACACCAAUAAUUUUUGAAGUCUUCUUUUUCAUAUGCAUCAUCUUCCAAAUUCAUCGUUGGAGACGUUGCAAAUACCCAAUUCAUAUAGAUUAUCCAAUUGUUGGCAUGGUGGUACCAUUCCUUUGGAACUUGAGGCAUAUUCAUGAUUACAUAACUCAGUUAUUGAAACAACAACAUAGAAACACAUGUGAGUUCAUGGGACCUUGGUUUACCAACCAAAACUAUUUGGUCACUAGUGACCCUAUCAAUGUUCAUCAUAUGUUGAGCAAGUGUUUUAAUAACUAUGUUAAGGGUCAAGAAUAUCAUGAGAUUUUUGAAGCCUUUGGAGAUGGAAUAUUCAACGCCGAUUCAGAGACAUGGAAAUACAAUAGGUCACUUUUUCACUCCGUUUUCAAACAAAGAGAUUUUGAAUUGUUUGAGGAGAAAAUAAUUCGAAACAAGUUAGAGAAAAGCUUGAUUCCUAUGUUGGAUCAUGUUCAACAAAAAGGGUCGGUGGUGGAUCUACAAGAUGUCUUCAAUCGUUUCACAUUCGAUAACAUUUGCUCUGUGGUUCUCGGAUGUGAUCCUAAUUGUCUUUCGAUUGAUUUACCAAACGUCGCAUGUGAGAAGGCUUUUAACGAAAUUGAAGAGGGCAUAUUCUAUAGACAUAAAGUGCCUAGUGGGUUGUGGAAGUUGCAAAAAUGGCUUCAAAUUGGUGAAGAGAGAACUAUGACCAAGGCAUGCAAAACCUUUGAUGAAUUUAUAUAUGCAAAUAUAGCAUCAAAGAGAGAAGAGAUAAACAAAUGUAGCAAAAAAGAUGAAAUGGUUGAUUUGCUAACAAUGUUUAUGAAAAAAGAUAAGGGAUCGCAAGUAGUAGUUCAUGAUGAUAAGUUUCUAAGGGAUGCUGCAUUCAAUCUCUUUGUAGCGGGGAGAGAUACCGUAACUUCAGCCCUUACAUGGUUCUUUUAUCUUGUAGCCACACACCCUUUAGUUGAAGCCAAGAUUCUUGAAGAGAUUAAAGAAAAUUUUGGGGGCAUUAAUAAUAUUGAAAAGAAGAUAGGGGUUGAUGAUUUGAAAAAGUUAGUUUAUCUUCAUGGUGCUAUAUUGGAGGCUCUAAGGCUUUUUCCUCCUAUACCCUUUGAGAGAAAGCAAGCAAUUAAAGGUGAUAUACUUCCAAGUGGACACAUUGUUAAACCUAAUACAAUAGUACUAUUUUUUGUGUAUUCAAUGGGGAGAUUGGAAGAGUCAUGGGGAAAAGAUUGUUUGGAGUUCAAGCCAGAGAGAUGGAUAUCCGAGAGAGGAGGCAUUGUUCAUGUACCGUCUUACAAGUUCAAUAGUUAUAAUGCUGGACCUAGAACUUGUUUGGGAAAGGACUUGUCCAUGAUUCAAAUUAAGAUGACAGCAAUUGCUAUUUUGUCCAAAUAUUGUGUCCAAGUAGAGGCUGGUCAUGUUCCUUUCCUAAGCCAUUCAAUUGUACUUUUUAUGAAGAAUGGUUUGAAGGUUAGGAUAACAAAAAGAGGAAUUUGAUGGAAGAGAUCAAGUGCACCUAUUGAAUCCAUUAUUAAGUGUCUCUAGUUGUUUGUUGUAUUUGAAGCUUAUUAAUUGUUUGUUGUUAUUAGUUGUGUUUGGUUUGUACUAAUAUUUAAGAAAUUAUAGUCCUUUCUUGUUUUUAAUUUUAAUUUAAGAGAAUGAAUCAUCAAUUCUCAAGAAAAAAAAUGUAAGUUGGUUUUCUCUUUGAUGGUAGGUUGAGUUAUAGGUUUGGGUUGUUAGCAAUUGUCAAAAAAUAAAUAAAUUGAAUGGUAGAUCCAAUUAUUUUGUAACCUAUUGGCAAGUCUUCUAACUAUAUAUCAAUAAAAUUUCUUUUGUUGUUAA